GGCCGUGUGGUUCCGGGUCGGGCGGGCGGAAGAUGGCGGCGCCCAUGGAGCUGUUCUGCUGGGCCGGGGGCUGGGGGCUGCCCUCGGUGGACCCGGACUGCCUGGCCGUGCUGACCUACGCCAGAUUCACAGGCGCACCGCUCAAAGUUCACAAGGUCACUAACCCGUGGCGAAGUCCCUCAGGGUGUUUACCUGCUCUGAAGACGAAGGAGGAAGGUGUCCUCUCCCAGAUGCACCAGAUCAUCACUCACCUCAGGAAACAGAAAUACAAUGCUGACUACGAUCUCUCUGCGAGACAAGGGGCAGAUACACUGGCCUUUGUGUCUCUGCUGGAGGAGAAGCUGCUGCCCGUGUUGAUUCACACGUUUUGGGUAGACGCAAAGAACUAUGUGGAGCACACGCGGAAAUGGUAUGCGGAAGCCAUCCCCUUCCCGCUCAACUUCUUCCUGCCCAAUCGCAUGCACAAGCAGCGUCUGGAGCGGCUGCAGCUGAUCUGGGGGGAGAGCUGCUUGGAGGACGAGGAGGAGCUGGAGAAGGAAAUGUACCGCGAAGCCCGGGAGUGCCUGACGCUCCUGUCUCAGCGCCUCGGGGACCAGAAGUUCUUCUUUGGAGACUCCCCUGCUUCCCUGGACGCGUUCAUCUUCAGUCAUCUGGCGCCUCUCCUGAAAGCCAAGCUGCCCAACGGGAAACUGCAGCAGCACCUGAAGUCCCUGCAGAACCUGUGUGACUUUUGCUCCUCCAUCCUUAGCCUCUACUUCCCCUGGGACGGAGGGGACGCCCCGCCCAGCGCCCCCAAGACGUCUGCCUCCGAAGGGACUGAGUCUGAGGAGGAUCCCUACAAACGGCGCAACCAGAUCUUGUCGGUGCUGGUGGGACUGGCGGCGAUGAUUGGCUAUGCCUUCCUCAGCGGGAUCGUCUCCAUCCAGCGGGGCCCUCCUGGGGCUGCUGGCCCCCGGCCAAUAGCCAUGGAGGAGGAGGAAGAGGAGGAGGAGUGAGGCGCUGGGCUCAGGGCUUUGGUUCUCACUCGUCUCAGUAUCACUGGAACUGACUCUUUUUUACAGUGCUGGGUACUGCCUAGUCUGAUUCCUGCAAACUGCCUGUGUGUCCCGGCAGGACCCAGUGGCCCUGUUCAGUCCGGAUCUCGGCGCUGCUACAAACACCAGCCCAGAUUUCUAGACUGUGUCGCAAGCAGUCUGCCCCCCACUAAUAAACCUGGAGCACCCCCUGA